ACAUGCAACUGUCUGUGCGACUCCCGAUAUACGAUCCCUCGAUCUUCAAGCCGCCCGUGGUAUCUUCCCAUACCUCUACGCCGAGAUCCUCUACCCCCGACCUGCCCAGCACACCGCAGUCGUCAAGAGUCCGGAUAACUACUAACGAGAGCGAACUCGAAGGUUCAAAUAAAAGUAACACCCCCAAGGCGUCGGAAGGGGAACUCAAUGCAACUUGGGAGAUGUGGGAUGUCAUACGCUCGAUAUGCAACUAUGACCAGAGACUUAGCCUCACAUUGGACUUAACCCCUCCACUACCCUCCAGCGCCGGGGUGCUGAAGCGAUGGGCAGCCGAGCCUAUGCACUCCAUCUUCCUCCCCGCUUCAACAUUCAUCGCGAAUGCAAAAGGAUAUCCGGUGCUUCCCAAAGGCACACAAACAUUUAUCCGCGAUAUCAUGAAGUACCGUCCUACCGUCAUCGUUGAAGGGGCGAACAAAGGCGUUCACUCGCGCGGAGGCGAGACGGCGUACUUGCAAUAUGUGCGGCACCUGGAGAAGACCAGUCCUGCGCUGCAGGCUAUGCAGCAGCCCGGGACUGUCGAAAAUUUUGCUCAAGGCUACCAUGAUUAUUUGCAAGCACCCCUACAGCCUUUGAUGGAUAAUCUGCAAAGCGCGACAUACCACACAUUCGAGCAGGAUCCCGUGAAAUACCGGAAUUAUGAGGAGGCUAUAUACCAAGCGUUGAAGGACUGGCCGGAAAGUGAUAGGAUUGUUAUCUGUGUUGCAGGCGCUGGACGGGGUCCGUUGGUCGCCCGCUCGCUGAAAGCCAUUGGACGGUCUAAGCGGAAGGCGUUCGUUUACGCGCUGGAGAAGAACCCUAAUGCAUAUGUGACUUUGCAAGACCGCUUACAACGUGAAUGGGGAUCCAAAGUGGACCUGAGAUUCGGCGACAUGCGGGCGUUGGAGCUACCGGAAAAGGUGGAUAUCCUGGUCAGCGAGCUGUUGGGCUCUUUCGGAGACAAUGAGCUCAGUCCUGAGUGUCUUGAUGGUGCCAUGCGAUUCUUGAAACCGGAGGGCAUCUCGAUACCUUCCUCCUAUACGGCGCACAUUGCGCCGCUGUCGUCUUCUAAGUUGUUCCAGGAGACGCAAGCUGGCAGAGACGUAAAGACUGCCGAAACGCCGUAUGUGGUGAUGUUCCAAGCGGUGAACAUUCUCAGUGGUAAUGGCGGAGGGCUUGCCGGGCGAUGUGGUCCUCAAGUCCAAGAAUGCUGGGAGUUUGAGCAUCCUCGUCGAGACGCCGCACUCGAUUCUCAAGGCCUUCCGCUCACGAACAGUCAUAACACACGUUCAGCCAAACUGACCUUCCACAUACCGCAUGCGGGGGUGCUCCAUGGACUGGCGGGCUAUUUUGAGGCGGUCUUGUAUGGCAACGUUGGCCUGAGCAUCCACCCGGACCGGAAGGAUCAGAUAUCAAAGGACAUGCUUAGUUGGUUCCCAAUCUUAUUCCCCUUCAAGGAGCCCUUGUAUCUGCCGAGCAACUCGGAGCUACAGGUGACAAUGUGGCGACUCACGAACAAGCGCCGCGUCUGGUAUGAAUGGUAUGCAGAGUCAUUCUUGCCAGUGUGGAACGCUCCCCUGCCGGAGGUGAAGACGAAGGAAUCCCAUAUUGGGCCUGUGGUCAAUAGACAUGGGUCUUGGCUCGCCCCUGCAGCGACGCCUGUCGCGCCGCCGAGCCCUGUGGUUGACGCCAUCGACCUGCCGUUCCCAUCUGACAGGAACGUCGAAACGCCGACAAGAUCAAGCGAAGACUGGCCGAAGACAGACAUCGGCCUCGUAAAAAUAGGGCAAACGAGCCUCCACAAUCCAGGAGGUCGCAGCAGCUGGAUAGGGCUGUAAUUUCUACGCAAUAUAUGUAAGGAGUUUGUACGCUUUGCUACCCUUGGUUGUUCUGCGGUGUAUCGCGGCAUGUUCCUGGUGGUUGUGAACUUGGCCCAACUUGCACAAAACUUGC